AUGGAAAUAGUAGCGGAUGCUUUCUGUAAAGUGUCGAUGGCACCUCCAGUCAUAAACUUAAUUAAAGAGUACAACAUUUGCAGACUAUCCCUUAACAGUUCCUCAGCUUCCUUUUACUUGCGGGAUAUCAGUAAAAAGAUUGCUGAAUGUCGCGAAUCCAAAAAACCAGUGCUCGACUUAUCGAACGAGGAACUCCCUCAGCUUCAAAACAACGUAUUCGAAGAUCUUCCUUGGAUCACGGAGUUGUAUUUGUACAACAACAAAUUGACCAGCCUACCCCCGAGCAUAGGUCAUUUGACCAAUCUUCAACACUUACUAAUGCAGCAAAACAUGCUGACCAAAUUACCCAAGGAAUUAUCCAACUUGACGCAUCUCAAACAAUUGGACCUCCGCCACAACCGACUUGAAGGCAACCUCCCACCUUGUAUUUCCGGUUUAUGCAGUCUGGAGAGCUUACUGCUGCGGUACAAUAAACUCACAAGCAUCUACGGCAUUCAAGGCCUUAAGAACUUGACCUGUCUUGUCAUUUGUCAUAACUCUCUGAAGCAGGAAAUUCCUGAGACAGUUGGAGAGUUGACACACUUGACCACACUGGAUUUAUCCCACAAUCAGAUCACAUCCUUGCCUGAGAGUAUCGGAAAGUGCAAAUCCUUACGGAGUCUUAAUCUGCAACACAAUCAGCUUCGGCAUUUACCAGAUAGCAUUGGCUGCAUGCAGAAUCUGUGCAAACUGACUCUAAAACGACGUCGUAAUGAGGAUCCACAAUUGCAUUUCCCACCGUCGACGCUCACUAUGGCGGCCAUUUCAUCACUGUGCAAUCGGAGUCUUUCACGCGGUUGA